GUAGCUCUCGGCACUCCCGUGGUUGAGGGUGCUUACUGAGACUGGUCCGUUGGGGAGGCGCCCGCAAUGACCAUCUGUCAGUUCUUCCUUCAAGGCCGGUGUCGCUUUGGAGAGCGAUGCUGGAACAAACAUCCCGGCGCCUGGAGUGCGGGUGGCGGACGACAGCAACAGCACUCAGGUAGUAACACACGUGGAUGGAAUGCCACCAACCAGAGAUACUCCAGUGUUAUCCAACCAUCCAGUUUCUCCAAAUCUACACCAUGGGGGGGUAGCAGAGAGCAAGAAAAGUCAUCUUUAGGCUCCUUUAAUUCUGGAGAUUCAACUAAUAGGAACAGGGGGUUUGGAUUGUCUCAGAACCCAUUUGCUUCUUCACCUAGCUCUGAUGCACAGAAAGAUGAAAAGAAACUUCUGGAAGAAAUUGUGAAAGAUAUGGAGGUUUGGGAAUCAUCAGGGCAGUGGAUGUUCUCUGCUUAUUCACCAAUGAAAAAGAAACCUAGUAUUUCAGGUUUUACAGACAUUUCACCAGAGGAGUUGAGGCUUGAAUACCAUAACUUCUUAACCAGCAAUAACUUACAGAGUUAUCUAAAUUCUGUCCAACAGUUAAUAAAUCAGUGGAGGAACAGAGUAAAUGAGCUGAAAAGUCUAGAUACAUCAACUAAAAUAGCUUUGCUCUUUGAUGUAAAAGAUGGAAUAAAUCAAGCAGCACCUACAUUUGGAUUUGGCAGCAGGCAAACAGUAACAUUUGGGUCACCAGGUUUCCCAGUAAAUAACAGCAGGAAUGAUAACGUUCAAAAUUUUAGUUUUAAAACAAGCUCUGGUUUUGCUCCUGCCUCUUCCACAAGCCCUUCUGGAUUCGGGAAUACUCCAGUAUUUGGAGCUGUUUCCUCUACCAGUCCUUCUGUCACUGCUUCUACUCCAGCUCCUGGAUUUGGGAAACCCCAAGUCACAUCUGCCGCUUCAUUUUCAUUUAAAGCCCCUGCAACUUCAGGAUUUGGCUCAGCCGGGUUUUCGGGAUUCCCGGCUCCCGCGGCAGCAGGCCCUGUUGGAGCUCCGGUGGCCCCAGCCUUUGGAAGCAGCAGUUCUGGGGCCAGCUUCGGUAGUCCAGGCCCACAUCCUCACACUCCUUUCUCCAAGUCAUUUGGCGACACUUGUGGAAGUAGCAGCGCAUCCACUUCUGCCUCCGUCUCAAAUGGCAGCAUGACAGCAGGUAAUGAAUUAUUCACACCCAAGCAUCAACUAACAGCAGAAGAACUGGAGCAGUUUCAGUCCAAGACAUUUACUCUGGGGAAAAUUCCACUGAAGCCACCGCCCAUGGAACUUCUGAAUAUUUGAAAGGACAAUUUUAAACACAGAAAAGAAUGACUUUUAAAUUGUUUUGAGUGGUUCUAUAAAAGAGUAGAUACACACAUGUAUGUAUAUACAUAUUUAUUUAUAAGGAAUAUAUAGCUUUCAAUGACAACUCUAGGGGUUUGAAAUGGAACAUAUUUUUCUUGAGCUUAACUAUUUAAUAAAACAUAAUA